UGAGGCCACCUGAGCCACAGUGGUCCCUCCUCCAGCCUGCAUCUCCAUGGCAACCACAGCCUUGCUCUCAGGCUCCAGCCCCUCGCCCGCCCCGCCUGCUGGUGAAGCGUCUGGAACUGCAUCCUCCGCAUCCACACCGCAUCCCUGUCCUCCCGCGACUGCCUCCUGCAGCAACUGCCUGCUGGGACGAGGCCCACCAUCCACCAUGGUGAAGCUAGGCUGUAGCUUCUCAGGGAAGCCAGGCAAGGAGACGGGAGACCAGGACGGAGCCGCCAUGAACAGUGUCCCUCUGAUCAGCCCACUGGAUGUCAGCCAGCUUCAGCCAUCAUUCCCUGAGCAGGUGGUCAUCAAAACACAGACAGAAUAUCAACUUACCUCCUCAGACCAGCCAAAGAAGUUUGCAGACUUGGAGGGGCAGAGGCUGGCUUGCAGCCACACUGAGGAAGGACGUAGGCUGCCCACUGCAAGGAUGAUCGCCUUUGCCAUGGCACUCCUGGGCUGUGUGCUGAUCAUGUACAAGGCCAUUUGGUAUGACCAGUUCACCUGCCCAGAUGGCUUCCUGCUUCGGCACAAGAUAUGCACCCCGCUGACCCUGGAGAUGUACUACACCGAGAUGGACCCCGAGCGCCACCGCAGCAUCCUGGCAGCCAUUGGGGCCUACCCACUGAGCCGCAAGCAUGGCACUGAGCUGCCCGCCGUUUGGGGGAACAGCUACCGGGCCUCCAAGGAGGAGCAUAAGGGCCCCACCCCAGCGGCGGCGGUGGCUGUGUCUACUGCAGCGGCAGCCGCAGCGGCCACAGAUCCGUCAGGGAAGCCUUUGGCCAUGAGAGAGAAAGAAGACCCUCAGAAGGCAGAAGGCAUGCCAUCCCAGGCCCCCCAGUGACUGUCGUACCCCACCCCCACUCCACCAGUG